AUGGCUGGCGUGGCGGCGUACGAGGUGGAUGCUGCUGCUGCUGCUGCUGUUGCUGCUGCUGCUGUUGUUGCUGUUGCUGUUGCUGUUGCUGCUGCUGCUGCUGCUGGUAGGAAGAAGAGGCGUCAGAGCCAGCGUAGGGGCGAUCCCGCGACGGCGAGUAGGAGAGAUAGCGAGCCUGCUGGGACGGCGAGCGCGAGGAGUACGGCGGAGCUCCCGUCAUGGCUGCUGGAGCUGCUGGAGGGCCAAUUCAGCCCGUCCGGUGGUGGCUCUGGAGCUGGCAACGAAGGGGCAGGCAGUCUCUGCUUCAGAGGACACGCUCCAUGGGCUUGCUGGCUUGCUGGCUUGCUGGCUGGCUGGCUGGCUGCUGGGUCGCGGGAUCUAGACGGGCGACGAAAGGGCAGGCCAGGCCAGGGCAGGACAGAAGGGAGCGAGCGGGCGAGGCAGGACGGCAAUGGGCGUCGCAGCAGAGGUCAGGACGGCGGGCGAGAGGGAGAUGCGGUCGAGCAGCGACAGCGAACUUCGUCCCGGGCGUUUUGCUUCUUUUUCUUCUUUUUCUUCGUUUCUUCCUGUCGUUUCGCCGUCUUUUUCGUUUCUUUCGCAGCCAAAAAACCUUCGCCGGGGGGUGAUCACGUGACGGGGUUUUGGAGCUGA